AAAUUCAUUACUUUUCAUUCGUUCGCCCGUGCAGAAGCAACGUAGUUUGUGUGGUUUGUGAAAAAGUCGAAAUUUUCGUGAAAAUUGUGCUCUAUUGUGUGGGAUUCUUCUCUACCGACGUUAAUUAAAGCAAGCAAUGGAUCAAAUCGCCAAGAUCUACGAACCGGGCCGUUCCUUCGCCAAGGACUCGAUCCGAUUGAUCAAGCGCUGCACCAAGCCCGAUCGGCGCGAGUUCCAGAAGAUUGCCAUCGCCACGGCCAUCGGGUUCUGCAUUAUGGGAUUUAUCGGUUUCUUUGUCAAACUGAUACACAUCCCGAUCAACAACAUCAUCGUCGGAUCGUAAGAAGGGCAUCGAGUGCUGGGCCCGGGUGGGGCUAUAUCCUGAGCAGAGAGAAGGAGAGUUAGGGAUUUGUUUAAUUGUAGCAACAAUCAGAUGAGACUGGGGUAGGAAAGGGGCUACUAGCGAAGGAAAAGUUUCACUCUUCAAAAAACAUUUAUGUCAUAAAACCACUUAUUAAAACUGUCUUUACAUUCAUAAGGAAUCCCACACACUCUUUAGCUUUUAAAGAAUACCUAAUUACAACGUUUGAAAAUGUGUGAUGUUUGCGCAGAUGUGACGAAUCGUGAAAAGACACAGAAUGUGCAAACAAGAUGAGCUGAGAAACAUUUAAGUAAACAAAAUGAUUUAUCGUACACACGAAGGAAUGAUAAUAUAAUUUAUUGUUUCAUUGUAAUUUA